AUGGGAAACUGCUUAUUUGGAGGCAUGGGAGAGUGCAACAGCAACAAUGAAGUGAUAAGAGUCGUAAAUUCCAACGGCGGAAUUAUGGAAUUUUACGCACCAAUAACAGUCGAGUCCAUAACCGAUGAAUUCCCCGGUCAUGGCAUUUUCAGAAGCCAUGACCUCUUCUGGAAUCCACUCCCACACAACCAAGAAUUACUAGCUGGAGAAUCCUACUAUCUCUUAGCAUUACAAGACAGCAAAUCAGGCAAAAGUACUAGUAAUCCUGCACAAGUUGGGCAUGUGAGAUCAAACAGUGUGCCUCAUCAAUCCCUUGUCGCCGUCCCUCCAUACAGAAUGUCUCUGGAUAGCCAGCAGGGAUUAGGAUUACUGAAAAGGUCAUAUACUAAAACUUCUGAAUCAUUUUCCUGCAGCAAGUAUUAUGGGAAUUGCGGUGGAUUUUGGAAAGUGAAGCUGGUUAUUAGCCCCCAACAAUUGUUGCACAUUUUAUCAGAGGAGGGCACAACGGAGGAGUUGAUUGACAAUGUGAGAGCUGUGGCAAAAUGCCGAAAUAAUAUUGGAGUACUCGACUCGAUGCCCUUUUCUGAUCAAUGGAGUCUUUCCAGCAGUAGAAAUUAA